AUGGCGUCCAAGGUCCAGUCGCCCGUCUCCUGCACGGGGCCGUCGCCGGCCAAGCCCACGCCGCCCACGCCGGGGUCCGCCGACGAGAUGCGCGCCGUGGCGCGCAAGUUCGCCGACCAGCCGCUCCAGAACCCGGAGCCCGGCGUCUGGGCCGUCCUCACGGCCAUCUCCCAGAACGCCCGCCACCGCCCCGAGGGGAUGAACAUCCUGUUGAGCGCCGACGAGCACAUCCUAGGCCGCACGGUCGAGAACCCCCGCUUCAGGAUUUCUGCUCCGGCGGUCAGCGGGAAGCACUGCAGGAUAUAUAGGGACACUGCGUUGGAGGAACUGAGACGCGAUGAGCCUGUGCCUGUUUACUUCAAGGACACGAGCACGAAUGGCACAUACGUCAACUGGAAAAAGUUCACGAAGAAGUCACCUCCGGUCAAGCUUAAUCAUGGGGACAUCAUAUCAUUUUCCUCAGCUCCUCAUAACGAGGCCUCCUAUGCAUUCGUCUAUCGUGAAGUUAAUGCAGUCAGUUGCGUAGGGAAUGGUACUACCGCUGUUAAAAGAAAGUCAGGGGAGAUUGGUUCUGAAAAUAAGAGGCUAAAGGGUCUUGGCAUCGGUUCUUCUGAUGGUCCUAUUUCACUAGAUGAUGUUCGAAGACUAGAAAAAUCUAAUGCUGAGCUCAGGGAACAACUUGAGGCACAUGUUGUCACAAUUGAGACAUUGAGAACUGAAAGAAAAAUAGCUGAAGCGCAGCAUGAAAAGGAACUGAAGGAGAUCAAAGAAACUACAUCAUCUUCUUAUCUCGACCAGACUAAAUCUCUUCAGUUAGCACUAGAGGAGAAACAGAAACAACUAGAUUCUUUUAGUACAUCAAAUACAGAGUUACAGAACUCCAUAAAAGAUCUGAAUGAGAGGCUUAGUGCAUCUAAACAAUCACGUUCUGAUGCUGAUGAGAUAAUUAACAGCCAGAAGGCAAAUAUAGGUGAGCUUGAGGAACAACUAAGCGAUGAGAGAAACAUGAGAAUAGAGGAGCGUGAUAAGGCUGCAGAGGACCUUAAAUCUGCAGUGCAUAAAGUACAAGCAGAGACUGAAGAUAAAAUGAAGAAACAGACCGAGGUUUACCUUAAACAACAAAGGGAACAGAAAGAGUUUAUUACCAAGCUUCAGGAAUCAGAAAAGGAGACACGUUUACUUGUGGAAACAUUAAGGUCCAAGCUGGAAGACUCUCGUGAAAGCCUCGUAAUAUCUGAGAAGAAAGUGCGAGAGCUGGAAACUCAACUACAGGAUGAGCAGCUUGUUUCUGCUAACAAUCAAAAGAAAUCUGAUAAUCUGGAAACCGAACUGAGGAAACUCAAGAAAGAGCUUGAACAUGAGAAGCAGGCUGCUCGGGAAGAAGCGUGGGCAAAGGUUUCAUCACUUGAGCUUGAAGUAGCUGCUACAAUGAGAGAUCUGGAACUUGAAAAACGUAGAUAUCAAGGGGCCAGAGAAAGAGUUAUUUUACGAGAGACCCAACUGCGUGCUUUCUAUUCAACUACGGAAGAGAUCUCUUCUCUAUUUGCGAAACAGCAGGAACAGCUUAAAGCUAUGCAGAGAACUUUAGAGGAUGAAGAGAAUUACGAGAGCACAUUGAUGAGUCUUGAUCUUAAUGAAGUACCACUAGCAAAUGUGACCUCUGAUGAUGCCCGUGUAAAACCAGUAGACUACGUAAAAGAUUCUGUGGAAGCUUCUGGUGAGAAUACCCAGGCAAGUGGACAUAGUUCUAGUGAUGAAGAUGCUGACAUGACCGAGCAGCAGGAUGGUGGUACCAGAGUUGAAGGGGGCACUCAAGACCUAGAGUGCACUACUCCUGAAAGGUCAGUGGAGAAACUAGGGUAUGAUUCUCAUGGUGAUCGUGCUGCUACAGCUACCGAGCAAGCGCCGACUGAUACCGAGCAAUUUCCGGAGACAGAAAGCCAAGCCGGUAUUGCUGGCUGCAAUGAUCAAAAUUCCAUCAACAGCGUUAUGGCAGGAGAUACUAUGCAGCUAGAGGAUGACGUACAGGUACAAGAAAACGAGGAAUCUAACUUGAUCCCCAAAGAUGGAGGUCAGCCAUUAGUAAAUGAGGAACAACAAUCUUUAACCCUCAAAGAUGGCAUCGGCCAGUGUUCAGAAGAAAAACGUGAGGGCGACUGCUCUGAGAGCAAACGUGAGGACACACAGACUGGAACUAUUCGCACAGCUGAUCUGCUGGCCUCAGAACUUGCUGGUAGCUGGGCAGUGGAUACAGGACCAUCCGUCAAUGGGGAGAAUGAAUCUCCGUGCAGCUCAGGUGGUGAUCCCCGUGGAGAACAGGAUGAUGACGUAGGGGAACGAGCAGCUGCUGAUGCUUUGGCCAGUUUGGUGAAUUCUGAUGGCCAUUCAGCUGGUAGCCAGACUAAUGUUGCUGAUCGUCGUGUUAUUAAUCAUAUGAUUGGACUUCUUAAUCCUGAAAAGAAGCUCCCAGGAAGUGGCGCAGGAGAUGAUGAUUCAACGUCUGAUGAUGAUGAUGAUGAGACUCAGGAAGGCAGCGAGACAGGGGAUGAUAGUGAAGCCAUGGUCGAGGAUUCUGUUGGGUAGGCAAAAACAGCUGAUCUUCCUCGUAUAUAUGUCAAUUUUUAGAAAUCUGCACCCUUGAGUCGGGGUGUCAGUUUGUAUCAUUCUGUCUCGUUGUGUAAUUUUUGUCAUUGUGCUUCUGGUUUCUUUGUACCAGUACUUGUCCAAGCUGUAAUAUCUAGUUCUUAGUGUUAGUUUAUUGGUAUUGCCUAUCGUAAUUGUUAUUUCUGAAGUUGAGCAGUUAUACAU